GUGCAGAACUACACAGACCAUGUGGGGGCGGCUCUCCACUCUGUGAAAUACAUUGAUUAUUACCUGAAACAAGGUCUUCAGACAGGGAAGAAAGAAUAUUCCAAGAGACUUCAGGAACUUAAACCAGCAAAGGUGACUGAGAAAUCAGAGGAAACACAUUCUGACAACCGUGCCGUAAUGUCGGAUGGAAAAAGGAACAAAACCAGUUCACAAAGGAACAAGAAGACGUUAUCACAGGAGAAGAACUGCUCAGAUUACAGCUGACCCUCUAUCUCUAGUGAGACGCGGGUCGUCCUCAUCCUCAGGUUCCUACACAAAUACCUCUUCUUCCUACAACUCCGACUUCACAACCUCUUACGUCUACAAAGAGUCUUCGUCAUCAUCCUUCUCAUGUACCCCACUGACUGCCUCCCACUACAGCUUAGUGGCCCCACUGUCGCCAAACACAUCACUUCCAACCAUCAAAACCGCCUGGAUGUCAACUCCAAGACCUUCCAGAGACCUGAUCCCCACACCGUACUCUUCCAGAGAUGAUAUUCCUGCAGGACACAACUUGUUUGACAACAGGCCAGUGUUUACCGAUGAAGACAGUAUUUCGUUGUCAUCAUUUGAUAGCAAGUUGUCAAAGUAUAUGACUUACGCACAAAAGUAUUACGACACAACCACGACUGAUUUGGUUUCGAGAUCCGAGACAGAAACAACUAAAAAGGACAUUAUGAGUGUUAGACCCAAACGUCAAGGAGCAAGACAGAACAUUACUGUGGUGAAAAAGGAUAAUGAAUCCAGUUUGAAAUGUACCUCCCUUAUUUGUGAUAAACAUGCCAACACAGAUUGCCUCUAUGAUGAGGAUUAUGAUGGCAGCGUUGACUCCAAAUGUUCAUCUGAAUACCGAGGUUAUGAUGAAGACAUCCAUCCACCAGAUCCCGACGCAUGGAGAGGCAAUCAAGGUGAAAGAAAGAAGUAUCUGAAAGAAGAAAGCAGGGGCUCUGUAACAGAAGAGUUCAUGGAUACCAAAUUUUCCUUAGUGACUGAGAAAGCAAAUUAUUAUAGAUCUGCAUAUGCUUAUGUUCCCGAGGAGCGUGGAAACGAACAAGAAGUUGGUGUUUUCGCUGAAGAUGGAGAUCCUUUCUAUGUUACUGCUGAGCAGUUGUCAGCUGAAAAAGAUAAGAUCCUUGAAAGCAUUGAUAAAACCUGUUCAUCAUCAAGAGGAGUUUUACCAAAAUUAAGGCAGUCAUGUUGGAGCAGUAGUGGAUUGAAUGCUGGUGUUGCAGAUCCUUUGGGUGAAGACGUUACUGAUGUAGGCAAACAAAAUGAACCUUUACCCCAUGGAAGAGGCAUCAGAAAAAGUGAUCAUCCAGAAGUAGAAACCGAAAGAUCUCUUUCCAGACUGAGCAGAGGCUCAUUUGAAAAAGACGUAUCUUUUGAUCAAAGACUGAAAGAUGACUUCUCCUUACCAGCAGAUCUUCCAGUAGGUGCUGAAUGUGAUGCAGUUGUAGCUAGUCAUCAUGUUCAGUCAGUCUCCGUAUCUCUUGAUCAAAGAAUGAAAGAUGACUUCUCCUUGCCAGCAGAUCUUCCAGUCAGUGCUGAAUAUGAUGCAGUUGGAACCAGUGGUCAUGUUCAGUCAGUCUCCAGUAGAGCAUCUGUAGAGAAGGAUAUUCCAGAUGAUCAACCACUUGAAGCACAAUACACUCCACGAAUUCCGUCACCUGUCCAGAGAGAAAAUGAGAAGAGAUGUGAAUCUAGUCUAAGCAGAGCAUCAAUUGGUCCUGUAUCAGAAAGUGAGCACAAUGGUUUGUCAUUACCAGAUAGGGCCAACACUGAUGAGCAGAUUGAAAUGGAGGAAAAGAGAUCAGAAUUUGAAGGCAGUCGAGAUAUAUUGCCUGUAUGUCCACCAUAUCAGGAGGAGACAAUUUCUGCUGAAAACGAUAAAGCAGCUGUAAAAUCUACAGAAAUUACAGAUUAUGUUCCAAUGGUAAUCCUUGAAUCUAUUAGAUCUGAUUUUGAGAAAUCACCCGAAAAGAGAAUGCAGAUGCAUGAUGAUUCAGAAAUAAAAAGCUAUCCUGCUGAAAACUACGUGCCCUCUCCAAGAUCCAAGAACAUUUCUGCUGAUAAACCAAAAGUUGUGGUUGACUUGGAACAAAAGAAGAAAAAAGAAAAUGUAACUGUUAGUCUUCAUAGUGAUCUUACAUCAGUUGAUACAUCUACUAGGGAAACACCGAAAACACCAUCAGACAAGGGCCCACAAAAGCAGACAGAUUACCCAGACUCUACAGAACCAGUAAAAACAUUAGAUUCUGUCAGCAGUACAAGACUAGUCAAGUCUGUAGACAGCAGAAGUGAAAGUCAUGCAGAUAUGUUGAAAGAUAACACCAUGGACAAUAUUCCAGAUUCAAAUGAUGUCAAGCAAGAAAGACGACAUUCAUCUGCUAGCAUUAUGUCUCUUAAUAGCUCAGAUUUAGGUGAUCUAAAGCCAGGCGGCAUCCCAGCUCCUUCGAGGAAAAGUUUGAAAGAAAUUAUGCUUAAAACAGAUUUAGAAAAGGGAAACAGUAGAUCAUCCUCAAUGGCAAGUUUUGCUUCAUCAAGAGGAGCAGACAGUGAAAAGAUCUCUGACACAAGUGGUAUGUCUGUAAAUUCUCGCAUUUGCUCUGAAAGCAAAACACCAAGCAGGGGAUCAGACAGUCUGCAGAGCAGCUUACUGUCAUCAAGUUCCAGUAAGAUAUCAGUGAAGAAGAAGCUCCUGCCUCUGGAUACCCAUUUAUUGUCAUCCUCUGGACAAACACUGACUAGAGGUGUUGAAUCAAGAAAACAAAGAAUGAGAAAGCAUAGAUCCAGCAGUAGUAAAAUAUCGACACAGUCAUCAACAGAAGAAGAAACAACUAGUCAGCAGACUUCAGUUAGAGUGUUAGGAGAUGAGAAAAUAACUACUGAAGAAAUGGAUGUUGGAACUAAAUCCAUCAGUCAGCUUUCAUCCUCAGAAACAUUAACACAAGAGCCGGAAAAAGAAAGUGCAGAUACCCAGCAAACUCCUGAUGUGAUUGUGACCACAGAUAGUAUAGAACAUGUAGUUGCAAUCAGGUUUUUAGAAGAUAUGCAAGCUAGUUCUGUUGACAGACAGACACAGAAAGAAGACAUUACAUCAAAUGUGACCUCUGACUCGGCCGUAAAUGACAAUCCUACUUUUAGUUCUACCUCCAGUGAAACGACUGACAAGGAUGAUACAGAACAAGGCUCCAUGAUAGCAGUACGCUGGAGCACUACCUCAAAAGAUGACCUCGGCUCCACAGACGUUAGUACAGACGUCAGUACAUCUUUAACAUCGUCUACAUUUUCUGAUCAUACCGAUAUUUCUAGAGGUACUGAGAAUGAAGUUGAGGGUCUAGUUAUUGAUAUUAACAGUAAACGCCCUCUGACUGAAUGUAGUUUGGAACAGAAAAAAAUCCCAGAAAUGCGUAUUCAAACAUUAAAAUCUGAAACUGAUAUCCAGAUAUUGUCAGAAAAAGUGGAAAGUGAUGGACCUUGCACAAAUGUGGAAUUGACAUUUAAAACAGCAGUGCCUUUUAUUAAUGGAAAUGACCAAAGUGUUUUAUUAGAUACUGAUAUAUCAGAAUUUGAUAAAAAGCCAGAUUUUGUGCUCUGUUCAUCAACAAGGAGUAGCCCAAGAAGUGUGUCUGCUGUGGAGCAGGUGCAAGAUAACCAGUUCACGGUUGACAUCCAUGCAGGAAUUCCAGUAUUGGUGUGUAGCAGAGGCUCUGAAAUGGGGGACACCUCAGACAGUGAAAGUCAGCUAGAGGAGGUGGCUCUCCAGCUGCAAGCAUUGCACCAGAAACAAGCAGGACCAGUGUCUUCAAGAGAAUUAAGUCCAAGAGUUGAAAGUCGUUCAUCAUCAAAUCUCAGCCAAGCUUCUUUGACAAAAGUGAACCUUCAACAAAAGGAAAUGGAAACAACUGCUGUUCCAUGUAUCAAAGAUGACUAUGAAAGGCCUACCAUUCUACCAACUCUGUCGUUACAUUCCACUGCUGCUGAUACUACCAAGGAGAUGGUAACAGGUGAACCCUUAUCUCUUCUGGACUCUGCCAAAUAUGAAGACACUGCAUAUGCUCAUCCAGUUGGAAAGGUUUUUAAUCUGCAGGAUGACCAAGAUGUAAAGGGAAUUGUUGUUGAUCUGAAGGAACAAGAUCCAGAGAGAAUGGAGGUUAAUAUGAAAGACUAUGAUCCAGCUGGAAUGAUUUUUGAUGUAACUGAAGAAGACCCAUGGGGAUUGGUUUUUGAUCUGAAGGAACAGGAUUCAGAAAGGGGAGAAAUUGUCAAUCAUGAAGAAUCCGAUCAUGAAGACCACACUGAAAAUGUAAAUGCAUCUCCUGAUUUUGAAAAGAAAAAUGAAUAUCGGACAAAAUUUGAAGAAAUGGGUGAUGUUCAACCAAUCAACACAGGGGUUAUUGAAGAUAGUCUGCCUGAGCUGGAAGACAGAGGGGAGCUUUCACAUUUUUCAGACAAUGGUAUUUUUGUCAGUGGGGAAGACCAGUCCUCUCUUAAUAUGGUAUAUAAAGUGGACAACACUAACAUUCCAGAGGAACUGAGUGAGAAAUUGGAACCAGAAGCAAUCAGUGCAGCUGGGAAGAAUGAUGAAGUGCAUGCAUGCACAACAAAUACUACAAAUGUAGAAACUAUUUUAAAGAAUGAGAUUCAACCUUCAGCUGAUGCUGAAACUUCAUCUGAUGUUUUGGAUUCCACUAAAGAAUCACAAUUCAAGGACGAUGAUAUUUUGAUACAGGCUUUGGCCAGUACAAUUAAGGCAAAUAUCCAGAAGAUUUCUGUUAGUGAAGUUAAAACAUUUGAAGAACCAUCAUCCAAAGAGGCAACAAAUGAUGAUACUUUCAUAGAUAUUGGAAAUGUUUCUUUAGUAAAUGGAACUAGCCAGGAUCAAACAGAAGCAUAUAUUUGUGUUGAAUUUCAGGAAUCGGUACAAGAUAAAGAACAUCCAGGCAUGAUUGACGCUAAAUCCUCUGACCAAGGUAGCAAUGAAAUAUUGCUAAUAAAUCUCUAUGUAGACGGUAAAAAUUUGGAUCAAGAUUUUGUUCAACAACAAAAUGGUAAUGUUCAGGUUACAUCAACACCAGAAACAAGAAUAAGUGAGCAAAGUAUUUCAAGUGCUCCACAGAAUAUAACAAGUCAAGAAAUAUAUGAUGCCACUUUCAUGACAGCACUGCCCAUUCAACAAAGUCUUGAUGAAAAUGAAAUUGUAAAUAAGAUCCUUAUUUCACAUUCACCAAACACGGAUCUAAAUGAGCCAGCUAUUCCAGAUUCCUCACCAUUAGAUGUUGAACAGACUGCUUCGCUUUUGCACGAAGAUAAUUCAACUUCAGUAAAACUGACACCACUGCAUGAUAUGACACUUAUUAAAAAGAUGGAAGAAAAUGUACAAGAUUUUGUUUGUUCAUCUCAGAUGGAAAGUCCAGAAUUCCAAACAACCCAGAGUGAAAUGCCUGAACAAGAAAUGGACAAACAAAAAGACACAAUUGCACCUUCACCACGAGCAUGGAACAUGAUACAAGAAUGUCCACCUGAGACGCACCUGGCAAAAAUAGAGUCUUUUUUAGAAGUGAAAACAUAUCAACAACAUCAAAUAUAUCAAGAUAUCAUUUCACCAAAAAGUGAAAUAUGCGAACAAGACAUGAAAUCUGUACUAACAACAGAAAAAUCACCACCUGCAUCUGAAGAAUAUUCACAAAAUGAAAUAAAGAGAGAUGAAUCUUCACAAGACCAGAUGGAACAAGACGUAGCUUCACCAGAAGCAGAACAAUCUCCACAAAAUCAGAUCAAGCAAGAUGUUGCCCUUUUCCCACAGACAGAUACACCUUCAUACAACGUGGUGGAUUUGAACAUUACUCCUUUACCUCAGACAGACAGAUCUUCAAGUGUCAAAAUAAAGCAAGACAUCGCCCCUCCACCAGAGAUAGACAAACCUUCACAAGAUAGUUGAAACAAGAUGUCAUCCCUUCACCACUGACAGACAAAUUUACACAAGACCGGUUGGAGCAAAAUAUCAUCCCUUCACCACAGACAGACAAACCUUCACCACUAACAGACAAAUCAUCACCACAGACGGACACACCUUCACCACUAACAGACACACCUUCACCACAGAUUGACAAACCAUCACCACAGAUAGACAGACCUUUACCACAGACAGACAAACCAUCACCAGAAAUAGAUAUACCUUCACUACAGACAGACAUACCUUCAUCACAGAUUGACAAACCAUCACCACAGAUCGACAAACCACCACCACAGAUCGACAAACCUUUACCACAGACAGACAAACCAUCACCACAAAUAGAUAGACCUUCAUUACAGACAGACAUACCUUCAUCACAGAUGGAGAAAGUAACACCAUAGAUAGACAAACCAUCACCACAGACAGACACACUUUCACAAGGUAAUUUGAGGCAAGAUGUCAUUCCUUGACCACACACUGACAAACAUCGCUAAUAACACACAAAUGUUUACCAUUGACAGAUAAACCAUCACAAGACUGUUUGAAGCAAGUCAUCAUUCCUUCACCACAGAUGGACAAACCAUCACCACUGACACAAACCUUCACCACUGACAGACAAACCUUCACCACCAACAGACAUACCUUUACCAUUGACAGGCAAACCUUCACCACAGACAGACAUGCACACACCUCUGCUAGACAAACCUUCACAAGACUGUUUGAAGCAAGUCGUCAUUCCUUCACCACAGAUGGACAAACUAUUUAGAGCAAACCACCAAAUCUUCAUCACUGACAAACUUUUAUCACUUGAUGGACAAACCUUUAAAAGAUCAUGUGGAACAAGAUACCAUUCCUUCAUCACAGACGGACACACCCUUGGGGACAGAAAAAUCUCCACAAGAUCAAGAAAAGCAAGAUGUGACUACCUUGUUGUGUGCAGACAAACCUUGACAAGACCUUCACUACAUGCAGGAACUUUGUCACUAACAAGAAGAAAAGACCAAAUUAAAUGAGACAUCACAAAUCACCCUUGCACUUGAAAAUUGGAGGAAAACUCGUCACCAACAGAACUGUUGUUGACAAAUCAACUGAAGCAAAAUAUUACCUCCAUCACAUAUGUAUAAUUCAGACAACAUAAUGGACAAAUGUUGUGGAAAUGCUGCAGCCAGAAAUAACAUUAAAUAAUUUUCAAUUCAAAUAAACAAGUAACAAUAGUUAUACAGUUGAAUAUCAAACAAAUAUAUUGAUGGUGGUCACAAUUUUCUUUGAGGAUUAGAAAAAAUGAGGUGUGGAAAUUGUAGGUGGUGAAAUUAGAUGCGGCAUGUGAUAUUACAUAUGUAUUACUAAUUAUUAUGUGGUUUGUAACAUAGGUGGGAAUGUAUUGUAUACUGUGGUAAUGCAUUACCAGUUAAUAUUUGCAUCAUGCAUGUUGUUAUUAUUAACGCAAUGUAAAAUUUGUCAGGGACAGUGUUUUAAUAGUUAUAAGUAUUGUAACAUGAUAUUGUUAUUGGUUUUGCUGUUCAGCACAUUUUGCAAAUUUAUAUCAAUGUUGUUUUUUGGUUUUUUAAUUUUGAAAACCAUGUCUGUUGUAGAAUUAAUUUGUUCCAUUGUGAUAAUUGUUCGAUACAUGAAACAGCAUGUUUACAAAUCUACAUUUGCUUGCAGGAAGCAUGUUUGUUAAUAUUUUCAAAUCAUUACUUGCUGCUUUUGACAUUGUAUUUUUAUAAUACUUAUUUGCACUGAUAUAAUUCUCAAAUAAAACAUAUUGUUAUAGAAAUAUUAGUAGCAACUCCUACCCCACUAUGAUUUUUUUUUAAAGUCAAACAUCCCAGCCUCUCUGUUGGCGAUGUCUUUGCAAUAAUAAUACUACAUUGUAGUAUGGUGUAUUUUAAUGGGCAUCACAUUUCCAUCAACGGGCCAACAUUAAUGUCACAACAAAAACAGUUUCAAUUAUAAGACAGUUAUUUAUUGCCUGGUCGAUACAACGAGAUUCGUCUUUGAAUGAUGUCCACAAUUUUCUUUGAGGAUUUGAUGUUUCUGUGUCCACUUUGAAGUGUGUAGUUUUAUACAUUCAUUGUCAAUAGAAAGUGUGUGUGUGUGAGAGAGAGAGAGAGAGAGAGAGAGAGACUGAUGCCAUUAUUUUAUUCUUCACAAUUUUGUUUUCUUUCUUUCAUGGUUGCAUAACUAAUCAUAUUAUUAUAAUUUAUUUUAGUUUUAUUUACGGUACUGAGGUCGACCUUUAACCAGAAGAUAACCAUAUUUUUAUAACCACAAAAAUUUCAGGGUCUUUCACUUUUACGCCGCCUUUUUAAUCAAACUAUAUACAUCUUCUAUUUAAACAUUUGACGAAGCACAGUUGUGAUUAUGGAUAUGUGUCACUAUGAAAUUAGUGAUUGUGAUUGUUUCUAAUGAUAUACUAUUGAAUUUUUGUUUUGCUGUGCUAAUAAAACUGUUAUUAACCUA